GGGUCGCAUCGCGGCGUCAUGUUGGGCGCUGCUCAGUUCGUCCUGCCGUCCGACUCUCCGGCUGGUUUGCUUCUGUCCCACUGAGAACGAAGGCUGGGUAAAUGCCCGGCAAGCGGAGUGGUGAGAAUGAGGACUAGCCAAAGGUUGAACGGCCUUGGGGGCGGCCCCCUGGCUCUAAAACCAGGCUCUCGGCAGCGGCUAUGGUGGACGCCGCUGCGGCUUGGGCAGGGGCUUAGGCCGCCCGGGGCGGGGCGGAGGCGGUGGGCAUUCUGCUCCCGGGCCAGACACGUAUUAAGAGGAGCGGAGGGUCAUGUCUUUGGAAGACGAGAUGAAAAUUCUCGAGAAGCUGGGAGAAGGGUUUGCGCACCCUUAAGCAAAACGAGGAGGCGGUCAGGACCAGCAUGGAGAGUGUUUCACCCGUCUGCUCCUAGGUGCUGUGCAUUCCUCAGGAGGUAAACAUCGAGAAGAUGGAGACGAAUUAAUCUUUGGGGUCUAGGAUUAGACCAGAGGAGGAGGGGGCAGCCUCUGACGCUGAAGGCCAUCUGCAGCCCGGCCAAACGGGUUUACAUGCAACUGGUGGAAACCACUGGCAAGGGCAACCCAGAGAAGUUUCAUGCGAGCAAGGGAUGGUUGGAGAAGUUUAGAAAUCGCUAUAGGCUGCUGAAUUCGAGGUUGAUAGGGAAGAACCGUUAAAUACCCACGUAUUCCAAGCAACUCCAGAAACUGAUCAGAGUUAGUGGCUUUGUACCUCAGCAGGUCUUCACCGCCAAGCAGAUGAGCCUGUUUUGGAAGUGCUUGCCUUCGCAUACUUUUGGGGAAAAAGACAAAAUUCCGGAAAGCUUAGAGGAAGCUAAGGACUGGAUUUCUUUCAUUUUUUGUUCCAGUGCCGCAGGUGACAAAACCAUUGCUGCUUUAUGAAGUAGCACCUGUUUCAUGGAAAAAAAUAUAAAACGCCUUCCUGUUUUCCGGCGAUCACUAACAGUAUCAUUAACAGCUGCCCUCAUUUUGGAUUGGCUUCGUAAUUGUUUUAUUCAUUGAACCUGGAGUUAUUUAACAGAAAAAAAUCUUGCCUUCAGAGUGUUGCUGUUUUUGGACAGAGGUCUCAGUCACCCAGACUCCAUUCUUUGCUCAUCCCAAUGAUGAUAUUGUGUUUCUCCAUCUGGAGCGCAGUAGCUAUUCUUAAGCCCUUGGAUCAGGGUAUAAUUGAAGCAUUCAGGAGGUAAUACACCAAGCAUAUAUUUGACUACUUUGCCGACUUUUUGAAAAAAAAAAACACCUUGCCUCACUUUGAAAGAAACAUGGCAACAGGACAACUUUGCUGAUGCUUUGGUAGUAAUAAAAGAGGUGAUGGAUGAUAUAAAAACCAGCCUCUCUUAAUAAAGCCUGGUGGAACCUUUGGGAUGAUGUUGUGAAUGAUUAUGCAGGUUUCCCUAGAGCUAAUGAAGAUGCUGAAAAAAACCAUAAAGUCUGAAAAUGGAUGGGCUUUAAAUUCAUCGAUAUUGAUGAAAGUGAAAUUAAUAAGCUACUUAAGUUUCAAGCUUUGGCAAUAACAGAGAGAGUCUAUAUCUGUAGAUGAGGAAGAAGGCAAAUCUCUGGAACCAGAGAUAAAGUUGAGCUUAAGGAAACAAUUCUGUCUUACACCAGGUGUCAGACCUCAUUGAAGCUGCAAUUGAUAUGGGUUCUGUACUGGAUUGGAGUUUGACCUUUAAAAAAGAUUUCAGUAAAUUGUUGUAUACCUAUAAAGAGGCCCAAAAGAACCUUCAAAAUAAAGCAAAGGAGAUGAAGAAAGAGAAGGAAGACACAAACAAUAAAGAGGAAGUAGUGUGGGUGAAAGAGAUGGGUACAGACUCUGACUCUGAAGAGGAUUCUGAGUCCAUAUCUGAAUCCAGUAAGGAGGAGGAGAGAAAGAGGGUAAGAAGCCUCCAGAGGAAGAACUUAUAAUCUCAGGCAGUGACACUGAGGCUCUUACUAGAUCUGAAGAAUCUGCCAAAGCCAUAAAUGCAGAAUUGGACUUUUGGAAUCUAACCUUGGAAUUGGACCUGAAGAGAGUAGAAGUGCCUGAGUUGAAAUAAGAAGAGAAUCCAGAAGCAGUUUCUUCCAAAUAACAGUUCAUCUCUUGCCAUCCUUCCCCUGCUGCCCCAGCAUCACCUUCAUCAUGACCAUCCUUAAAAUCAACAAACAUUUAUUGAGCAUAAUCUCUGUGGGAUCCUGUGCUAAACUCUGGGACAUCAUCUCAGGAUCUAAGAUCCUGACUGCUUCUUUCCUGACAUACUCCAUGCUCAGGACCCUUAGCCAGCAGCUCCUUUCAGUUGUCACUGGCAGCUAUGUCUCCGGCACUUACUCCAUCGUUUUUGUCAACUGUCCCAACGAGCAGAUUGCCAGAGAUAUUGCCAGGGCUAUACUGGAUAAGAAGCUGACUGCCUCUGUGAACAUCCUGCCUAAGGCAUACUCACUAUACUAUUGGAAUGGAGAAAUAGAAGAAGCCACUGAAAUCCUGCUGUUAAUAAAGACAAAGACUUCCAAGGUCCAUAUGCUGUCCAGCUACAUCAGGUUGGUGCAUCCUUUUGAAAUCCCAGAGGUCUUCAGUCUUCCCAUGGACCAAGGAGAUGUGCACUAUUUAAAGUGGCUGGAGGAGGGCAUGGAGGAGGAAUGAGUGCCUCCUGCCGGCUGACUCUGACCUUCCUCAGCUGUUCUCUGGGGGAGGGAAGGCUUCCUCUGCCCCCUUGCAUCUCUGGAUUCCAUGCUUUUGUCAGCACAGAGGAGUUAAGUAACCUGUGGAGGGUGAAGGUCCAAGGCUUCUGAGGCUGGAAGAGGACACUGGGCCAGUCAGGCCAAGCAGGAACCCAGUGGAUCUUGUCUCUGAGGGCAUCAUGCGUAAAGGUGUCUUCUCCACAGGGAAGAUCGCUGUGGGGUGAGAAGAGAGACCUGAUCUAGGCUGCUUCCAUGGCUCUGUCACAAGGUGACUCCACUCUGGGGACACUAUGGGCAGUUUGGGUGGGAGUCCACAGACAUCUGCGGUAUCCUAGGUCUUCCUUCUCAAGAGGGAAGGGUGUGUGGGAAGGGUGUUACCAGGCUCUGGUUCUGACACCUUCUGUGCUUCUUGGACCUUAGUUCCUCCAGAUAUAAAAUGAGGGAGGAUCUGCAAGGACCCUUCCAUGAAGACCUCGUAGCGCCUUCAGGCUGAGCCCCUUCCAGAGGUCCAGAGGAUCCUGUCUGUGAUAGUGGGGAGUUUGGUGGGCUGCCUCAGGAGAAGAAAGAAAAUGAUAAUGGUGAUGUCCUUUUUUUUACGACAGAUGUUUCUGGUGCAUGUGAAAAUCUUGUGUAAAGUAAACCCUACCGAAAAUGUACUGGGGACCCCAAAUGGACUGUCCGUAUUGCUUUCACGAUAAAGUCAAUUACUUGGUCUGGAUUUCAAGGCCCUUCGGAGCCUUGCCUCAACUCAGUUUUCCAUCCUCACCUACUCUGGCAUGUAGGUGCUCCAGUAUGCUGUGAAGUUACUCCUGUGUUCAGGCCACGCCCUCUGCCUGAUCACCCUUCUGCAUGAGUGCUUAAGAAGUCUCCUUGGCAAGGCCUGGCAUCCCUGGUUGGAAGGAAUCUCCCCUGCCUUGAUGUCCUGUUAUCCUUGUGCGUCACAGUCAGUCUCCUGUUUCUAGAUUGUGAGCUGCUCGAGGUGAGGGAUAUGUUUGAAUCCAUUUGGUCUCUUGCACUGGGUUUGGCAGAUAUUUCCUGAAUUGAUGUUUCAAGGAUUUGAAUAGCUAAAGCUUUCUUUA